AGUUAAAAAAAUUUCAUUCCCUUAUUUUUGUUCUCUGCAUAAAAGUUUGUGUUUCACAAAGCGAGAGUGCAUUUCUUCUUCUUUCCUCUCGACGUUGAUCAUCGACCUCAAAACGCUGUCGUUUCGAUCUUCGCAUUGUUAAUCUCCUUCUCCGUCGCAAGGCAACACCUCAAUCUCUUCCGCCUUUACAAUCGAAGAUUCAAGGGAAGUAAAAGAGGACACAGAGCAGGCUUGGAAAUUACUCAGUUAAGAUCUCCAAUAUCUUGGACCGUAAAAGAUCCUAGUUCUGUUUUGCCAAUCAUGGACAGGCGCAGGGGCACCACCAGGCCAGUAGCAUUGUCUUCCUCUUCUGUUACUGGGACCACCACCAUAACAAUUCAAAGCUCAGUUCCAUCAUCCUCUUCAUCUCAGCAGGAACAACAGCAACCUGAAGUCCUUUUUCUCCCUCUCAAUCGCAAGAAGAAGAAGGUAUCGUGGAAAGACGGCACUGUGGACAAUGAGUUCAUGCAGAAAAAGAGUUCAAAGAAGUGUUGUAUCUUUCAUAAAGAGAAGCCCUUUGAUGAAGAUGAUAGCGAUGAAGAUGAUGUACCACAUGACUCUGAUAAACAUCCCCAUGAUCAUUGUUGCAAGAAUCACGAUGAAGCUGGCCCAAGCAGUUAGGGUUCUUACUUCUGAUUGAUCAGAGUGGUGAUUACUGAACCUCAAAAGCCUUUAUAUUUUGUAAAUGUUUCUAGAAUUGAUUCAACUUAAGUUGAUUAGUAAAAGGAAUUUAUUUAAUUUUUGUUGCAAGUAUAAAAUCACAAAAUCAGAACUAGAGGAGUGUUUAGUUUAAACUUUAAACAUAGUGUUGAUCUCAAGAAAGACUAUGAGUCAUAUAUCAAGGGUUUGAGAUUACUUUUAAUUCAUUAUUAUGUAUUUUUGAUUCAA